ACGUUUUCAUGUGACGUCACACGACUGACAUUCUUCUCUGUUCGAACAGGUCGCUCACCAAAUUCGUGGAACAACAAACUUGUGCCACGUCAGGACUUCCUUUCUAGCUAACUAACGCAUAUGACAGCUUUUUAGGGUAAACUGCAUACGACUUUUGGCACUCGGUGAGCUUUACCGAAUACAUUGCUCGCAUGUUUUGGACGAAUCAAAAGUCAGUAUUGGCUAGUGUUAGCUGGAUGUGCGUGUGUCAGCUGUCUCUCCUAAACAGACGCGAGCUACAUUUUGAGGCCAUUUGACUUGUUAAAAUGGAGAACAAAUAUAACCUCAAGAGCCCAGCUGUAAAGAGGCUGAUGAAGGAGGCUGCUGAACUGAGGGACCCCACAGAGCACUACCACGCCCAGCCACUGGAGGAUAAUCUGUUUGAGUGGCACUUCUCCGUCCGCGGACCCCCAGACUCAGAUUUCGACGGUGGGGUUUACCACGGCAGGAUCGUGCUGCCCCCGGAAUACCCCAUGAAGCCCCCCAGCAUCAUUCUACUCACACCCAAUGGGAGAUUCGAGGUGGGGAAGAAGAUCUGUCUGAGCAUCUCCGGCCACCACCCAGAGACAUGGCAGCCAUCUUGGAGCAUCAGAACGGCACUAAUAGCUAUAAUCGGAUUCAUGCCAACCAAAGGAGAGGGUGCAAUCGGAUCUCUUGAUUAUACCCCAGAGGAGAGGAGAGCCCUUGCCAAAAAAUCCCAGGACUUCUGCUGUGAGACUUGUGGUUGCUCCAUGCACUUAGCCCUCCUGUCUCCCUCCCCCACAAACCCCAGCCCAGAGGACCAAGAAGACCAAGAGCUUGCCCAGCAGAUCAACUUCAAGGCAGAGUCCAGGCAGGGCAGUGAGAGCACAGGGGCAGAGAGUGAGCCCCCCACAGAACCCCAGGGAGAGACAUCCUCCUCGGGGAGACAGGAGGAAGAGGAGAACGCCCAGGCUGAGCAGGCCGAGGCGGCUCCACCUCCCAGUGAGGAGGAGACGAGUCCACCAGCCUCCAGCACCCACCAGCGCCGGGCCCAGCAGCAACAGAGAGACCAGAUAGAGCCCCCCAGCAGACCCACUUUCCCCCACACCGCCGCCCCCCACCCUCCUCAGGACACCAGCCAUACGGGCUCUGUGGUGCUCAUCGUGGUGCUCGCCCUGCUCCUGGCUGCCCUCAUCUUCCGCAGGGUCUACCUGACCAACGAGUACAAGUUUGACUACGAGCUGUGACAAAACUAACCUUAACCUCCCCAGCCCCACCACCCCCCCUGAGUCGAGUGAGUCAACCGCCCCUCCUAUCACCUGACCUGACACCCUAGCUGGCAACAAACUGACUUUCUCUUUACCGUGGGCUUCAAAGAGGGCUUGGUUUACAAUGAGGGUAACUUUCAUUCCUGUGGAGGAUGGGGUUGACUCACCACCACAACACCUCCCAAGGUGUCUUCUAUUACUUUGAAUUGACUCUAGAGUGUACUACAUUUUUUAGAAUGGGAGUAUUGUAUCUAAACCUCCCCAGAGGAGAGACACUAUCAGACCUGGGUUCAAAUACUAUUUAAAAUCUUUCAAAUACUUUGUUUUUGCUCUAGCCUGCCUGGGAUGCCAGUUGUUUUUUGUUUUGGAAUUAUUAUAUUGGGACAUGUAGCCAGGCAAGCUCAAGCAACCACAUAUAAAGUAUGUGAAAUUAUUUCAAAUAAUAUUUGAACCCAGGUCUGCUCUAGCUCUCCUUUUUAAUUUGUCAGGCAUCUGUUUAUCAUAGGAAUUGCUGAUUUGCUCUCAAUAUUUAAACAAGACAAUACUGUCAUAUAACAUGUAAACAAUGAAGGCUAUUAAAUUGUUUGUCUCAAAAUUAUUAUUUAAUUGUGCAAAGGGAAGCAAUAUGAUUAACAUUUUGUAUACGGAUAAGAUGCUAACAAUUUCUGCUCAACUGUUAUGUUGUUUACAUAUCUGACUGCCUAGCCAAUGCUCUGGCUGUUCCUACUUUGCAAUAGCAGAUACAACCUAGCUAGUAUACAUACUCUGUCAAUCUUAUAGCCUGAGUGCCAGUCUGUUUCUGCUCUCUUGCCAACUCCUUGUCACUCAAUUUCAUGAGCUUAAAGGAAAGGGAGAUUUUAAGAGACUGUACGACUAUAGCCUAUCUUUUUAAGUCCUCAAAAGAAAUAGGAUUGGGAACUAAUGCAGAGGUUUUAAUGUUGUGUGCACAUUUUACUUCAGAGCAAAUCAAAUGACCAGAAUAGGGCCUCUCUAAGUUUGAAACAUGUAAGACAGCUUGAUUCAUGUCUCAAGAUGUAAUUUAGACAUAUAUCCAUCUCUUCAGACUGUAUUUGAACCAUGCAUACAGUAGGUUUGAACAUUGUAUCAGAAAAUAAAUGCCUUGGAAUUUU